AUGCUUGCACUUGGCAACCGAGCUCUUUUCGACAUGACAGUUCCAGAGACACCAGCAAGGAUUGUUCUUGGUGGUGGGAAUACGGACCAAAUGCUUAGACGCAUGGAGCAGGCUGAGGCUGUUAAACAAAAACUGGAAUUCCAGUUCUUCCAGAUAAAGGAUGAGCUAGAGAAGACACGGGUCAAGGUGAACUCCUUCAAGGAUACAGAAGAUGAGUUGAGAGCAGAGAAUCGUGACUUGUCCUCUCGUCUGAAGUCCGAGCAAAAAUUAAUGCACGAAUACAAGAUUCAAGCGAACAUUUACAAUCACUUGUUGCGUUCGGCUAGAGAUCAAAUGGAUCGUGUCCUGUUCGACAUCAACAAGCAGUUUGAUAAGGAGAAGGCAAAGCGCGAGAGCGAGAAGGCUGCAGCUGAUGCCGAGAAAGUUAAGACUGAGGAGGAAGGAGAUAAACAGAAGGCCGAUGAAAAAGAUGCCAAGGUUGAGGAUGGAGAGAAAUCUGAGGAGAAAGAGUGGGAAGUCGUUGAUGCUGUUUAA